CUUGCGGCGUUCGCUGUGGCGCUCUGCGGCUGACGUUCGAGUGCCGAUUCGAGCCGUGCCGCUCGUGAGGAUGCUGGGCACCGAGCUGGCAUGGAGGAGCUGUGGCCGCGGGCUGUGGAGGUUUUUGCGUCGUGCUGCCGGCGGCAGCCCCCGUGCUCUGGGCGCCGCCUCGUCCUCAGCUCCUCCGGCAGGUACCAGUAAUGUAAAGCCACUGGAUGGUGUGAAAAUUCUUGAUUUAACAAGAGUGCUUGCAGGGCCCUUUGCCACAAUGAAUUUAGGAGAUCUAGGGGCUGAAGUUAUUAAAGUGGAAAGACCAGGAACUGGUGAUGAUACUAGAACCUGGGGCCCACCUUUUAUUGGAACAGAAAGUGUUUAUUUUCUCAGUGUCAAUAGAAAUAAAAAGAGUAUAGCUAUCAAUAUGAAGAAUUCAAGAGGAGCAAAGUUGAUCAGGGAGCUCGCAGCUGUAUCUGAUGUUUUUGUGGAGAACUACGUCCCUGGGAAACUGGCUGAAAUUGGCCUAGGUUAUGAAGACAUUGAAAAGAUUGCUCCUCACAUAGUAUACUGUUCAAUAACAGGUUAUGGACAGACUGGUCCAAUGGUUCAGAGAAGUGGAUAUGACUCCAUUGCAGCUGCCAUUUCUGGUCUCACACAUAUCACAGGGCACGAGGGUGGUGAACCAGUUAGAGUAGGAGUAGCCAUGACAGAUCUUGCUACUGGCUUGUAUACGUGUGGAGCAAUUAUGGCUGGCUUGCUUCAGAGGCAUAAGACGGGGAAAGGAAUGCACAUUGACUGCAAUCUCUUGUCAUCUCAGGUUGCAUGUCUUACUCAUGUAGCAGCUAAUUACCUUAACUGCAAAAUUGAUGCUAAACGCUGGGGUACAGCGCAUGGCAGUAUUGUUCCAUACCAGGCUUUUAAGACCGAGGAUGGUUACAUCGUGUUGGCAGCUGGAAAUGAUCAGCAAUUUGUCACUGUGUGCCAGAUCCUGAAUCUGCCUGAAGUUAUUAAGGAUUCCAGAUACAAAACUAAUGAGCUGAGAGUCCAGAACAGAAAAGAACUUAUUGACAUAUUGUCAACUCGGUUCUCAGAAAAAACAACAGUCGAGUGGUUGCAGCUCUUUGAAGGUAGUGGAGUUCCAUACGGUCCAAUCAACAAUAUACAGCAGGUAUUCUCGGAGCCUCAGGUAACGAGAAAUGAUUGGCUGCUGAAGAGGAGGGGAAGCCAAACUUUUCUGUCCCUUGUCCGUUGUCAAGAAGUGUUUGUCAGGAGUGCAAAUCAAAUGGUAGUUUUUUGGAAAGGCCAGGCAAAUGUCUAUCCUAAAGCAAUAUGUUUAUUAUAUACAUUUGUUAUAAAUACGUUUAUUGUACUUUUAGAAGCAUAAACCAACACUUAUUAGGCCACCAUGAGGACAGAAAUGUCUUUCUCAGAUAAAAGCACUCCUUUACCUUAAAAUGAUUUAGUACCGUGCUGCAGAGUAUGCAUGGGCCAAAUUUUUCACUUCAUAACUUCCACGGGGAUUAAAAUUCAGCUUUGAAGAACAUACAGCUAGAGUCUUUAUUAUGCUCAGAACAUGGCUGUCUUGGCUGUGCCUGGGGCAACAUUAAAAAGAUGGCCUGUGGGGAUUUUUUGUUAAAGCAUCAAACUUUAAGAAGUUGGUUCCACUAUGAAACUGCUUUUUAAAAGGUCGUAUGUUGUGGUAUGGCAACCUCCCAGACUGAAAUAAGAUUGGCUCCGUUACCCUGUUCUACUUAGAGUUCAUUUAAAUAUUAAAUAACCUGACAGAGUUAGCUUGUCCACAAAGGUACUACAGUGCUUUGCAAUAAAGGCUAUUCAAAUCAUCUUCCCAUAGAAGGACUGAUACUGGUACUGAUUUGUGUGUGUAUGGUGGGCUUGUUUGUUUUUUAUUCUAUAUAGAACUACUUGAAAAAGUUGUCUUUUCUGCACCAUCCUGUGAAAUAAAUGGCACU